CCCUCACGCAAGCGAAGAGGAACCCUAAUUAAGCCUUCCGUUUCGCUUCUCACUCCUCAUUUCCUCGUCCUACUUUCGCCGUUCCUCUCUCUCUCUCUCUCUCUCUCUCUGUCUGUCUCUCUCAUUUUCUCUGUCCAACACUCUCUAUAAUGCCCUCAAUCCCCUGCGGCGCUCUCCAAAGCCUCCUCAUGGGCGGCUCCAAGUACAUUCCCGUGCGAUACUCUGCCUAUGCCGCUGCCGUCGCAGCUUUCGUUCCUCGUCGCCUUCUCCAUUUUCGCGUCCACCUCCGCUCACCUCACUUCCGAGGCCCCGUCUAUAACAACCUUCCGUUCUGUCAGAUAUCUUAUCGAGCUUGCAACCGUUCCUCUGUCCCCGUUACGGCUGCGAACGCUGUUGAAGUCGCACGGCCGGGUGAUGAGACCAUCUUUGCAGAGCGGAUUGCACACUUGAAGACAAAGAUGAAGGAAGUAGGAAUUGAGUACGCUGCUUGUAUACCUGGGAAGAGUCCGGCAUUGCUAUGCCCAAAGUGUAGAGGAGGGAGUUCCACGGUGAAGAGCCUUUUUGUUGUCAUCCAUGAAGAUAGAAAUUUGGCAAUAUGGACAUGCUUUAGAGGUGAAUGUGGAUGGAAAGGUGAAGUACAGGCUUGUGAAGAUGUCAAGGCAGGCUUGACUGAAAAAGAUGAAGAUAUGAAUGCUAAGCAGCAUACAGUAACUACAGAAAAGCGUCUUCAGCUAGAGCCAUUAGGUGAAGAGGUUAUUGCAUACUUCGCAGAUAGAAUGAUAUCGGCAGAAACUCUUCGACGAAAUGCUAUCAAGCAGAUUAAAUGUGGAAAAAAGAUUGCUAUCGCUUUUCCUUACAGACGAAAUGGAACACUUGUAAGCUGCAAAUACCGUGAUUUCUCCAAAAAGUUUUGGCAGGAACCAGACAAGGAACGGAUUUUUUACGGACUUGACGAUAUAAACCAAUCUAGUGACGUCAUAAUUGUUGAGGGUGAAAUAGAUAAACUCUCCAUGGAGGAGGCUGGUUACCGUAAUUGUGUUAGCGUACCUGAUGGUGCACCUGCACAAGUUUCCAAAGGGCCACUUGUGGCAGCGGAGGAGGACACAAAGUUUCAGUAUUUGUGGAACUGCAAAGAGUACCUAGAAAAGGCAUCUCGGAUAAUUUUAGCAACAGAUGCAGACGGUCCUGGACAAGCUUUAGCUGAAGAGCUAGCACGUCGCCUCGGUAAAGAGAGGUGUUUGAGGGUCAAAUGGCCGGAGAAAAGUGCUAAUGAAGUUUGCAAAGAUGCUAAUGAGGUUCUAAUUCAUUAUGGACCAGAUGCUCUAAAGAAAGUUGUUGAGAAUUCUGAAUUGUAUCCUAUAAGGGGUCUAUUUCAGUUCAGUGAUUUCUUCCAUGAAGUUGAUGCAUAUUAUCACCAGACUCAUGGAUUUGAGCUUGGUGUUUCUACAGGUUGGAGAGCUUUAGAUGAAUUGUAUAAUGUUAUGCCUGGAGAGUUGACUGUAAUAACAGGUGUUCCCAAUUCUGGCAAAAGUGAGUGGAUUGAUGCUUUGUUAUGUAAUAUCAAUGAAAACGAUAAAUGGAAAUUUGCGCUCUGUUCAAUGGAAAACAAGGUUCGAGAACAUGCAAGGAAGCUUUUGGAAAAACACAUUAGGAAACCCUUCUUCGAUGCAAGCUAUGGUGGAUCUACUGAGCGCAUGACCGUUCAGGAGUUAGAACAAGGAAAAAAAUGGCUCAAUGAUACUUUUCACCUGAUUCGGUGCGAGGAUGAUUGUCUUCCAUCGAUCAAGUGGGUGCUUCGACUUGCUAAAGCUGCUGUUCUUCGAUAUGGUGUCCGUGGACUUGUUAUUGAUCCAUACAAUGAGCUUGAUCACCAACGUCCUCCAAAUCAAACUGAAACAGAGUAUGUGAGCCAAAUGCUUUCUAUGAUCAAGCGCUUUGCCCAGCACUACUCCUGUCAUGUAUGGUUUGUAGCCCAUCCAAGACAGCUACAACACUGGACGGGUGGUCCACCUAAUAUGUAUGAUAUCAGUGGAAGCGCUCAUUUUAUAAACAAAUGUGACAAUGGAAUUGUCAUUCAUCGCAAUCGAGAUGCAAAAGUUGGCCCUCUUGAUGGUGUUCAGGUUUGUGUUCGGAAGGUACGAAAUAAGGUCGUUGGGACUAUUGGAGAUGCUUUUCUGUCAUACAAUAGGAUUACAGGAGAAUUCGAGGACAUAGAUGUUAGGGCUAUAUCCAUGAGUAUAACGAGAGGUGGAUGAGAUUUUGCAACUGCAGUAUGCUUAUGGACUUGUUGGAAAUGAUGAAAAUCUAUGGGCAAAUGGACCAAAUUUGGAGGUCUAACUUACAACUAAAGCAGCAGCGCACAACAAAAAUUUCUGAAUACCAAGCUACAACCGAGGAGGAUUGAAGCAUGUGAUGGUUGAAUGAACAAUCGCUUGGAGAUCAGGUCAAAUUUUGUUCAGUGGUAAAACAUUUGAAGGCUGUUUGUAAGGUGCAUCUCUUUGAAUAGUCUGAUAUAGUUUCUGAAUUCUCAGCCUUUUUUUGUUUUGGGUUAGAUGCCUUGAGGGGUUUCAUCUUCAUCUAUUCCUGGUCUCAGAUCCAUGUGUAUCCUGUGAUGAUUAAUGUUUUCUGCUUUAGUUGAUGCCUUUUAUGUUUCCUGCUUCA